GUUUGUGUGUCUGUGUUUAUUUGCCUUGCUAUAGGUUAGCAUUGCAUCCAGGGUGUCUCCACAAUGACUCUAUCCAAAAAGGUUACUGAAGAUGAAGGAAUAUAUAACUUAAGCUUUUGCUGACUGCAAAUUGUUAAAAUUUCAAUUCUAAUUGUAAGAGUAACUAUAACUAUAACCGCAGAAUUACCAAUAGAAAUAUUAUGUGAUUAUAUGAAAUGUAAAUUUUCAAACAAAAUUUUCAUUGAGGAUAUAACUCAAGUGUUUACAACUAAAAGUGUAAAAAAAAAAAUUAAAAUGAAUAUGCAGAACAUAUCAUGCUCUGCUGAGGAUGUUGCUCUGCCCCUAGCUUGGCUGGGCACCUUGCGCUGGUUGUCUUGCCGUGCUGUCAUCCCCGCUCCCACUCUGGUCUUGCAGUGUUCUCCCCUCAGGCCUCUAACUUUUCUGCUUGAGCUGCUUCCUCCUUGAGUCUGAUGUAAAACACUGUUUUCUCUUGAAGACAAAAUAAAGAGAAACUGAGCAAAAAGUCUCUCUCUCUCUCUCUCUCUCUCUCUCUCUCUCUCUCUCUCUCUCUCUCUCUCUCUCUCUCUCUCUCUCUCUCUCUCUCUCUCUCUCUCUCUCUCUCUCUCUCUCUCUCUCUCUCUCUCUGGGUGUGUGUAAGGUGGGUGAUAGAGUUUAGAAGGCAGGGCUAAAAAUCAGUGUACUCUCUCUUGCCCGCUCUCUGUCUCUCUUGCCUCCUCCUCCUCCCCCUUCUCCUCUUCCAUCUCCUCCUGCUUUUCUCAAGUUGAGAUGAUGUGUGCAUUUUUGAGUCGAAAGUGGCGGACUGUGAAGUAGUCGGAGUGGUCAGGACUAAUUGACUUAAAGACUUACAGUAAAAACUUCUUCACUCUCACUCUGUUUAUUCCCUCUCUCUCUCUUCAACAAGAUUUCCAGAAGAGCCAUGUCGAAUCCAUGUUCCAGUCUUUUGGAGGUUCUGGGUAUGCUCGUGGGAGUGGGAGCAUGGUUCUGCUCGCUCGCUUCUACACUCAUGCCCAGCUGGCUGAGCCUCUCCACUGAGCUGUUUGUCCUGGAGAGUUAUGAAGUGGGCCUGUGGGAGUCCUGUAUUGUGCAGGAGGUGGCAGGCACUGAAUGUCGUCCUUAUGAAACCCUUCUGGGUCUGUCACACAACCUCACACUGGCCCGGGUCUGCAUGUGUAUUUCAGACGCACUAGCACUCCUGGGCCUCCUGAUCGCUAUCCCAGGUCUGAGACUGGUGAAAAGUUGUGGGGGAUCGCAGGGAAGGAAGGUGAAGAGCGGCAUGAAGAUCACAGCGGGGGUGAUGGGCCUAAUGGCUGGCAUCCUUGUACUUUAUCCUGUCUCCAACCUUGCCCAUGAGACCGUUCUGAAGUUCCAUGAUCACACAGUUCCUCAUACUGUGCCUCGCUGGGAGUUUGGCGAUGCACUGUUUGUCGGCUGGGCUGCAGGUUUUUUUCACAUAGUCUCUGCGGUGUUGUUCUUCAUCUCAUGUUGCGGUUCGGAUGAGAACGAGAUGCAUUUAUCGUACCAUCACCAAGAAAAGUUUCAGCCUGUGAACAGCUCGGGAAAAAAGCAUGUGGAGUACGUUUAGCAGGAGCCAAGAAACCUUCAGAGUGUUUCUAAUAAGACAGGAUAGAUAAGCUGAUGACUUUUUCUUUUAUAAUGUACCCUCUUCUCUUUUCUUUGGUCACCGCAAUCCAACAGGUAACUUGCUGGAAUGUGCUAAUAUUUUUGCACUGUUCUCCUAUCAGUAAUAACUUUUAUUCUAUUUGAAGCCACUGUGAAUUAAUGCUUUUAAACUACUUAGACAUAUGUACACAAGUUUUUUUUUUCCAAGCGAUAGGUUUGAUCUACUGUAGUAAAUUGUAAUGUAUAGCUACAUAUCUAUAUAUUUCACAACAUGGAAUAUUGGAAUAUUUGGUGAUCAAUUUAUAGCUACAUUUAUAUAAAAGUAUUGCUGUAUAUUUACAUUGACACUUGAGUACAUGAGUGUAUUUCUGUAUAUACUAUCAUAUAUCUAGCUGGUAUACAUUGUACUCAUAUACAAUAUUAAUAAAAUGUCUAGGAACAAAACUGCUUGUUGGAAAAACAAGUUCUUCUGAAACCUCUUCAUGUCAAUAACAAAUACAGCUCUUAUUGUUAAGUUGUUAAGUGACUGGGAGAAAAAUAGCCUUUGGAAAACAUCUGCUGUUGAUCCAUAAUGACACAAUAAACCAAACAAAAAUGCUUCACAAAAAAUCGCAUUUUCGAUGAAUGCAUGCUAAUCUCUACAUGUAAGAAACUGAGUAGCUUUUUGGCAGGGUUUGGAAAAAGGUUAACAGUGUGCUUGAGUCUAAUUGGAUCUAAUGUCCUCUUCAUAUCGGCAUGUGGAAUAAGCUGUGUGAAGCCUCUAUGAACAGUGUGUCCUAAUCAGGAAUGCCAAACAACCACCCUGCUGCCUCCUCCUUCUACUACAUUGAUGACUCUGACUUGAACUGAUUAAGGGUACAACUGGCCAGUUUAUCCUUGGAAAAAGAAAUCGACUAAGCAAAGAGACAUGUGUUUAAUAAAAGAUAAUAAAGUCUUCGGACACUAGUUUUCACUAGGCUUUCAAAAACACAUUAUCUUUAAAUAAAUGAAAAAAAUGCUAGCAGAAUAUCAGUGCUAUGAUGUAAUACUUUGUAUUAUUAUGGGUCAGUAUGAUUUUUAAUGAGUUUAGUUGAUACAGCCUGAUACUUAAACUCCCAAGAGAUUAGUGAGCAACUUCUGUCUCAACAAACAGAUAAUGAGUCUGGAUCAAAACAUCUGUGUACUCACUGGUACUGUGUUAUUUUAGUUUUUAUUAAGGAUCAUAUUUUUCCCAAUAAAGCUU